UCGUGUUGUUGGUAACGGUAUUAUUAUGUUGGUCCUACUGUUGGUUCCUGAGGAAAAGCCACCUAAAGCAUGCGCAAAAAAUGCGUCGGCCAUUUUAGAGAGUGCAUGUAGCAGAUCGAGUUCCUCCGUUUGUACCGUGCCCGAAAGACCAAGAUGAGUUACGGACGACCGCCACCCCGCAUCGAGGGCAUGGUUUCUCUAAAAGUUGAUAACCUCACUUACCGAACAACUCCGGAUGAUCUGCGAAGGGUCUUCGAAAGAUGCGGCGAGGUGGGCGAUAUUUACAUCCCUCGGGAUCGAUUCACGCGCGAAAGCAGAGGAUUUGCUUUCGUAAGAUUUUAUGAUAAACGUGAUGCACAGGAUGCUUUAGAUGCCAUGGAUGGUAGAAUGUUGGAUGGCAGGGAGUUGAGGGUACAAAUGGCACGUUAUGGAAGGCCGACGUCGCCCCAUAGGAGGUAUGGUAGAUCUAAUAGGAGGAGGGGGGGACAUUCGAGAUCAAGAUCCAGGUCUCGAUCACGAUCCAGAAGACGCUCCAGGUCUCGUUCAUACAGAAGACGUUCGCCGAGUCGCAGCCGGUCAAGAUCAGACAGCAAAAGUUCAAGAGGUCGCUCCAGAUCUCGUUCCAAAUCCGAAAAGAGAGGCGGCGACAGGGAGAAUAAUACCAAGUCGCGUUCCCGGUCUAAAUCAUAGAUAUCCUAGACCUGGCGGUGCCUUUUUCAAUUUUUGGCGCCCUCAUAGUUGCCAUGUUGCGGUUUGUGUUUAAGAAAAUCAAGGCGUGGCAGUGUUAGCUGUGGCGUGUCGAGGGAGAAAGAGAGGCUGAGUCAAAGAGACCUGGUGUAGCUGUUUCUCAGCCCCACGUGCAGUUGCAGUAGCAGUCCCAGGUUGCGGGGGCGUACUCUUAGCAGAGCUGUCUGUGGCCGCCCAGGUGCUGUACUGUCGCAAAAAAUUCAUUCAUUGAUUUUGGGGCUUGACAAACAUAUGACCGAGACAACUUUAAUCUUGAUUUUCAGACUAGACUUUCGAUCAGACUGUUUUGUUUUGAGAACCUAUAGAGGUAGAUUGAGAGAGAAAGAGAUUGAGAGUAGUGGCGGUGAUCAUGAUGAUGAUGAUGAUCGUGGUGGUUUUCUCUGAGGUUAUGUAUUUUUUAUUCGAUCUUUUUAUUAUCAUUAUUUUUUUUCCUCUCUCCGUUGAUUGAACUGUGCAUUCAACUGAUCAUUUAUGUCCAGGAAGGUAAGACUACUCAUCAUUUCGUAAAGGCAGGUAGGUAUAUCUAUUGAGAUGCAAUAUUAAAUUGUCUUUUUCUUCUAUUCUUUUACAGAGACCACAUAAAAAACACUUCUGUU